CCCAGCGAACGGAAGUGGCUGUUGGACGCUUUCAGGUAGCUUUAAAUUCCUGCUGUCUUGAACGCUUGUCCCUUUCCACCCGAGUCAGGCUUUGAGCGCCUGAUGGCUUUAGACGUGAAGUCUCGAGCAAAGCGCUAUGAGAAACUGGACUUCCUUGGGGAGGGACAGUUUGCCACGGUUUAUAAGGCCAGGGAUAAGAACACCAACCAAAUAGUCGCCAUUAAGAAAAUCAAACUUGGACAUAGAUCAGAAGCUAAAGAUGGUAUAAAUAGAACAGCCCUAAGAGAGAUAAAAUUAUUACAGGAGCUAAGUCAUCCAAAUAUAAUUGGUCUCCUUGAUGCUUUUGGACAUAAAUCAAAUAUUAGCCUUGUUUUUGAUUUUAUGGAAACUGAUCUAGAGGUUAUAAUAAAGGAUAAUAGUCUUGUGCUGACACCAUCACAUAUUAAAGCCUAUAUGUUGAUGACUCUUCAAGGGUUAGAAUAUUUACAUCAACACUGGAUUCUACAUAGGGAUCUGAAACCAAACAAUUUGUUGCUAGAUGAAAAUGGAGUUCUAAAACUGGCAGAUUUUGGCCUGGCCAAAUCGUUUGGGAGCCCCAAUAGAGCUUAUACACAUCAGGUUGUAACCAGAUGGUAUCGGGCCCCUGAGUUACUAUUUGGAGCUCGAAUGUAUGGUGUAGGUGUGGAUAUGUGGGCUGUUGGCUGUAUUUUAGCAGAGUUGCUUCUAAGGGUUCCUUUUUUGCCGGGAGAUUCAGAUCUCGACCAACUGACAAGAAUAUUCGAAACUUUAGGCACACCAACUGAGGAACAGUGGCCUGACAUGUGUAGUCUUCCCGAUUAUGUGACAUUUAAGAGUUUCCCUGGAAUCCCAUUGCAACACAUCUUCAUUGCAGCAGGAGACGACUUGCUGGAUCUUAUACAAGGCUUAUUCUUAUUUAAUCCGUGUACUCGAAUUACAGCCACACAGGCAUUGAAAACUAAGUACUUCAGUAAUCGUCCAGGACCAACCCCUGGAAGUCAGCUGCCAAGACCAAAUUGUCCUGUGGAAACUUUAAAGGAACAGUCAAACCCAGCCAUGGCAACAAAACGGAAAAGAACUGAGGCCUUGGAACAAGGAGGAUUGCCCAAGAAGUUAAUUUUUUAGUUACAGAGAUUCCAGGAUGAUAUUCUGUUACUGGAGGAAAUAGUUCAAAAAGCAAAUAAUGGAAAAAUAAUAAAUAUUAAGUAAAUACUGUAGAAGUGAAUUUGUAAAUAUUCUACAGAUGUAAAAUAUGUAAAACUGUCAGUUAUUUUUAUUAAAUGUAUUUUAAAAUAAAAAAA